AUGGCUUCUGAAAAAACGACAUCGGCUUCCGCUCCAGCUCCGGCGCCGACUGUUGCCCGUGUCACUGAAGCCAACCCCUCAGAUAUCUCACCGUCUGAGGCUUCAGAGAAGCUGCCUGACGUGCUGACGACUCCCACUGGCGACAUGUGGCCACGACCUUACUAUUUCGAGGACGGCCUGCGCAGAGUAGCUCCCUACCACUUCACCUACCACACAUGGGCCAAGGAACGCUGGCGCGGUCGGAAGCUGAUCGACAUCUUCGAGGACGAGUUCCGGGACCGUACUCUUGAGUACUAUCGCCAUGCCAUGGAAACUGGAGCCAUUGUCGUCAACGGGAAGAUCGUUGGACCAGACCAUGUUGUCAAGAACGGGGACCUGGUAAAUCAUACCAUCCAUCGCCAUGAGCCUCCUGUCACUGGGGAGCCUAUUCGUAUCAUUCACGAAGACGAUGAGAUGAUUGUCGUAAACAAGCCGUCCGGCGUGCCCGUGCACCCUGCUGGCAGGUACAAGUACAACUCACUCAUCGAAAUUAUGAAAGCUGAGAGGGGCGAGCACUUCCUGCCAUACCCGUGCCAUCGCCUGGACCGCCUUACAAGCGGCAUCCUUUUCAUCGGCAAGACGCCGCAGGCCGCCGUAAAGCUCACUGCGCAAAUCAGAGCUCACACGGUGCGCAAGGAAUACCUGGCUCGCGUUGCCGGAGAGUUCCCUGACGGCGAAGUUGUUUGCGAUCAACCAAUUCUACAGAUAUCCCCACGACUGGGACUCAACAGGGUUCGCGCCAAUGGAAAAUCGGCUCGUACCGUCUUCAAGCGUUUGGCCUACUAUCCGCCGGAGAAACAGACUGACCCGGAACUGGAGAAACCCAAAACCCCGGAACAACUCGCGGAGGAGGAACGUCGGCCCUGGAUCAAGAAGGAAGGUUAUUCCAUUGUUCGCUGCUUACCUUUAACGGGCAGAACGCAUCAGAUUCGUGUGCAUCUGCAAUUCGUUGGGCACCCGAUUCAGAAUGACCCUCUGUAUGCAAACCAGCGAGUAUGGGGUAUCAAUCUGGGUUGCAACGACUCUGAUGCAAUUGAAAACACGGACGAAGACAUCAUGUCGCGCCUGGAACGGAUGGGCAAGCAGGACAUUGCUGACGCGGUAGCAUAUCAUGAUGAGAUGGUGGAUUUGUACGCAAAAAGACGGGCCGAGAAGCUGUCAGGCGAAAACUGCGAUGUCUGCGAUACGCCGCUUUACACGGACCCCGGCGAGCAUGAGCUGUCGCUUUGGCUUCACAGUCUGCGAUACGAAGACGCCGGAGGCGCAUGGGGCUACACCAGCCCGAUGCCCGGAUGGGCCCUUCCUCCGGAUGGCAUGAACGGACCGACAGAGGUCGGUGGGCUGGAGGAGCUAGUGGAGGCUGUCAAAGAAGAAAACCUCGAAAUAUCUUGA